UUUCGGCUGGAACCGCUAUCUUCCAGUAAUUUGCCAAAAUGACCAACAUAAAGGGAAAGAGGAGAGGUACCCGCUAUAUGUUCUCUAGACCUUUUAGAAAACAUGGAGUUGUUCCUUUGGCCACAUACAUGCGAAUCUAUAAGAAAGGUGAUAUUGUGGACAUCAAGGGAAUGGGCACUGUUCAAAAAGGAAUGCCCCACAAAUGUUACCAUGGCAAAACUGGAAGAGUCUACAAUGUUACUCAGCAUGCUGUUGGCAUUGUUGUAAACAAACAAGUUAAGGGCAAGAUUCUUGCCAAGAGAAUUAAUGUACGCAUUGAGCAUAUUAAACACUCAAAGAGCCAAGACAGUUUCCUGAAGUGUGUGAAGGAAAAUGAUCAGAAAAAGAAGGAAGCCAAAGAGAAAGGUACUUGGGUUCAACUGAAGCGCCAGCCUGCCCCACCCAGAGAAGCACACUUUGUGAGAACUAAUGGAAAGGAGCCUGAACUGCUGGAACCCAUUCCCUAUGAAUUCAUGGCAUGAUAAAUGUAAAGAAAAUAAAAGACCUCAAGAC